AUGGUUUUGAACAGGAAUGUAUUUGCGGAAAAGCCGGGGAAUCGGGCUGCCCAACCAUGCCAGUUGUUCGUCGGCCGAGGAAUAGGUGCACCGGAAAGAGAUUCAGAAGGAUUGAUUGAGAGACAGCGACAGCAAGAAACCAGUCACCCACAGACUCCCAUACCGACUUCUGGGCACAGGAGGAGGGCUGACGGUGAGCAGGCUGAGGCCGAGGUCCGUGUUGCUGCCCAAGGUGUCACGACGGCAUAUUGCAAUACCGAGCGGAUUGGAUAUUGGAUGGUACCUUGCAUGGCUGCUUUGGACAGCCCGGGCCGGACCAAGCAGGACGCUCAGGCAUACGGGACCUGCGGCAAGGGCGCAGCUGUACUUAAAUUCUACAUGUACCUCGCGAGGCCAGCCACUGAGGCCACUGUAGUAACCACUUCUACUCCUCCUUCCCUCACUCGCCCUGGCCAAGCUGCACCACUUUUGCCCUUCCUUUCACUCCCGCCAGACCGACCACAUCCUAACCACCGCCCUCAAAAUCUCGUCAACAACAGUCUUUCAGCAUUGGCUACAAUCUCCGAGUAUACCAUCAUGUCGUCGCCCUGGAAGAAGCAACCCGAGGAAGUGGUCGACUCCGUUUUGAAAAGGGCUGAAGUUAGCAAGAUUGCUCGCCGUUUGCAAAACCGUCUCGCUCUCGCUCAGUUCAAGACCAAGCAUGGGUGGGAAGACCUAACCCUCGAUACCAUCGAGCCCAAGAUGGAGGAAGAGAUUCGUCGCAAGAAGCUCUACGAGGGCGACGUCCUCUCCGACUCGUCGUCCAGCACCUCCGAACUCCCAUAUCCGAACAAAGCACUCAUGAGCUCCCCCCUCAAGGCGCCCAUAUUUUCCGAUGCCAUUGGGUCCAGCAACGGAAGCUCGGGCCACCGAAAGCGCACAUACAUCGCAUCCUUUGACAAUGUCUCGUCCAGCCCGAGCAAGCGCUUCCGCGCCUCGCCUACGCUUCACAAGUCGUUUCAGGGCUACAGUUCUUGGAAGGAUGCCCACCAGCUCGCCCAGUCGUCGCCCAUUAAGCCCCGCCGACAGCAGCACUUUACCACCUCGGCCGGUCCCGACGUGUCCUUUUUCCGCCAGCGCCGCAUGCCCAACGAGCUCGCUUCGCCCAACUUUGCGGCCGCAUCCGACGAUGAUGAGGACCUCUUGCCUGCCCACUCGUUCAACCUCAACAAUCUGAGGUCGUCGCCGCCGCGCACUCCGCCCAUGCAGAACCGGGCCCUCCCCAACAAGCGCAGAGGACACAGCAGCCCAGCGGCCAACGGCAAGACGGGCGAAGAGGGCGCCGAUUUGCUCCUCUACCUCGCCGCCUCCCCCUCGCCUGCUGUCAAGGCGGGCCGGGGCCGCAUGGAACGUCUGACUACCCCACCGCCCAAGAGCAACAAGCUCGACCUGCCGUCGUCGAUGAUGAUGACACCUGGCGGCGGCAACCUCUUCCCCAACACCCCCAGUCAAAAUUUUGACUUUGCCGAUUUUGUCAACAUCACCCCAAGCCCGGCACAGAAGCAGUGGCGGACUCCGGGUCCCACGAGCACGUCCCGCACGCCGAUGAGCAUUGCCAGGAGACGACUGACCUUUGACGACCCCAUUGCCUAG